GUUACUGGGAGGGGACAGCUGCCCCAGACUGGCCAAAGGGAUACCAUAUGAUGCUGUGCUCAGCAAUAAAAGCUGAGAUGAAAGAAGAAAGAGAGGGACGUUCGGAGUGAUGGCGUUUGUCUUCCUGAGACACUGUUACACGUGAUGAGCCCUGCUUUCCGGGACACCUGCCUGCAGAUGGGAAGUAGCAAGUUAGAUGUGUAAUGAAGAUCUUGGAACAAGUGUAUGUACGUUCUUGCUGAAGAUGUCUCUUCCAAGCCAGCAUCAUUCCCUUAUUACUAACCCUCCUCCACCAGAAUACAUAAACAGCAAAAAUAGUGGCUGUCAAACAAACCAACUUCAGUACUUACAGAGAGUGGUCAUGAAAGCCAUGUGGCGACACAACUUUUCCUGGCCUUUUCAUCAACCUGUAGAUGCAGCAGCACUGAACCUUCCUGAUUACUACAGUAUUAUAAAGAAACCUAUGGACCUGAGCACAAUUAAAAAGCGUCUGGAACAUAAUUACUACACAAAAGCUGCAGAAUGCAUUGAUGACUUCAAAACUAUGUUUCUGAACUGCUACAUAUAUAACAAGCCAGGUGAUGACAUUGUGUUUAUGGCCCAAGAACUAGAAAAAGUGUUCAUGCAGAAAAUAGCACAAAUGCCACCAGAAGAAAUACUGAUUCCCGACAAAGGAAAAAGAAAAGAAAAGCUGUCAGAAGAACCUCAGCAGCCAAACAGUGGGACUUCAUCUAAACAGAGAACAAGGCAGAAACAAGCUGAAAGUGGUGAGCAGCCUACAGCGAUAAUUCAAGACCUACAGAAGGCUACACUACCUCCUUUGUCUGCAGCUCAGCUGACUGCUUUAAUGCCAGCUGCCAUCCCUAUCACAAAAACAAAAAAAGGUGUGAAAAGGAAGGCCGACACUACAACUCCUACUACUUCAAUACUUACAACAAGCAGUGAAUCUUCUGCAACAUGCAAUGAAAGAAAAACUGUUAAAACAUGCAAAGGUGAAAAUGAAUGUAUGAUACCAAAGAAGAUUCUGAAGAAGGGCUUACCAGAUUCUCAGCAAUCACCCGGAGUUCUUAAAAAGAUUCAGUUGUCAAAACAACUAAAAUAUUGUAAUGAAAUCCUUAAAGAAAUGUUCUCAAAGAAACAUUCAGCAUAUGCAUGGCCUUUCUUAAAAUCUGCAGAUGUUGUAUCCUUCUCGCUUGGUGAGAAAAAAGGGAUCACCAAAUAUCCUGCAGAUUUGGGAACCAUUAAAAAAAAAAUGGAUAAUUUUGAAUAUAGAGAUAUACAAGAAUUUGCCACAGAUGUUAGAUUAAUGUUCAUGAAUUGCUACAAACAUAAUUCUCCAGACCAUGAAGUGGUUGCCAUGGCAAAAAAACUUCAGGAUGUUUUUGAGACUCACUUUGCCAAAAUUCCUGAUGAACCAGCUACAAGUGUUCUUCUGCCACAGCACACAAGAGAAAUUACAAAAGCUUAUUCCAGUGACAGCAGCAGUGAUGCCUCUUCAGAAGAAAAAUCAUCUGAAGACUUUGAAAAGGAGAGAACAGUGUACCUUGCAAAACUUCAGGAGCAGCUUAAAGCUGUUCACCAGCAGUUGCGGGCUUUGACCAGAGCAUCCUUACCUAGAUUGAAAAAGAAAAAAGAGAAGGCUAAAAGAGAAAAGGGGAAGAACAAGGAAAAAGCUAAAGCAAGCCUGAUUCAAAAGAAGAAAGAUCUAAAACUCAAGAAGUCUAAGAAAAAGCAGUCUUCAAACAUUCAAUCAAAGAAAACCAUCCAGCAGGUCUUGUUGGCACAUAAGUCAGAAGAUGAUGAUGGUGCCAAGCCUAUGACUUAUGAUGAGAAAAGGCAGUUGAGUUUGAACAUAAAUAAGCUGCCUGGAGAUAAGCUUGGGAAAGUAGUCCAUAUAAUACAAUCAAGAGAACCAUCACUGAGGAAUUCUAGCCCUGAUGAGAUAGAAAUAGACUUUGAAACUUUAAAGGCUUCAACACUCAGAGAAUUAGAGAAAUAUGUGGCAACCUGUUUGAGGAAGAGACCAAGAAAGCAGCAUGCCAAAAAAACAAUGAAGUCAAAAGAGCAGCUUCUUUCUGAGAGGAAACAAGAACUGGAGAAGAGACUAGUGGAUGUCAAUGGUCAGCUAAAUCCAAAGAAAGAGGACUUCAAAUCUGAAAGUAGUGCUGAGUCCAGUAUUAGACCAAGCCAACUGAGUGAAAGCAGCAGCAACAGCAGCAGCUCCUCAGACUCGGGCAGCAGCACUAGCAGUGCUUCCAGCUCCUCAGACAGCAGUGACUCUGAAUCGGUUACAGAAACAUGCUCAGAACAGAAUGGAAUGAGGCAAAACUGCCUAACUUCUUUGGAACAACCUAAGAGAACACCACUGUGCUUACAGAGGAUGUCCUACAAUGCUGUUGUGCAAGUACAGCCCUCGUCUGUUGCUAGUAGCUUGCAAAACCAUGGAUCACCUGAACCACAGCUGUUGUCUCCUAUUGUGCUACAGAAAUUUAAGCCUUUACAGAGUAGAUCUCUUAUAUCAGCAGAACAAAAUGCUAAGUCUCCCUCAGGUAUGCUUGCAGGUGUAUGUGCUUUGCAUGAUACUUCGGCCAAGCAAAUGCCUCAGACUGCUCCAAGGACAGAUCAGCCUUUUGAUACCCAGUGUACACAGGCUGUUCCAGAGGUACCCAAUACAACUUCCCCUGUUAACAAUGCUGAUGGGACUAAAGAUGAAAAAAUGUUAGUUAAUCUAGAUGAAAUUCAAAGCAAGGCCAGUGAGAGAACUGCUGAUUUAAUAUCUAUUAGCCAAGAGCACAGUCAUUCUAAUACACCUAAUGAUGCAAAGACUCUAGAGACAAAAUCCCAGAGUUUUCCAGAAAGGGCCACGGGAGUUAAGAACAUAGACUCCUGGGUAAGCUUGUGCAAAAUGAUGAUGCUUCCAGCUCCAAUAAAGUCAUCUGCUGAGAGCUUCAAGCAUUUCAGGAAAGUAGCCUUACAGAAGGCAGCUGGGCAAGCGCAGGAAAAAGAGAGGGUCCAUAAAGGCACAGGAUUGGAUGCCAUGGCAAUGAAAGACUUUAAGCCCCCAAAAGAGAAGGAUAUGAGCAAACAAUUGCCAGAAGCUCAGCAACACCCUCUUGUUCAGGACCGUAACUUGGCCAGAAAAAUGGAACAAGAACGCAGAAGGAGAGAGGCAAUGGCUUGUACAAUUGAUAUGAAUUUGCAGAGUGAUAUUAUGGCAACUUUUGAAGAAAACCUUGAAUGAAAACGGUAGUUAAUGUAGAACUUAACUUUGGUACUACUACUGACUAUAUGACUUCGAAAAUAUAACAGUUAUGAGCUUAAACACUAAAAUCACUUUAAAGAGCAUGCAAGCUCCUGUAAAAUGCUUGAUAUGGAAAUGCUUGCUCAAUGACACCUGAAGCAUCACAAGAUGUUUUCGUUUCUUGCUUAUAACAUAUAUAUAAUCUAGUCUGCUAUGCAGUGGAAUACUGUUGUUCUUCUGAUUACAGUUCUUAUUUUGUGCUUUCAUAUGCAUGAUUUUUUCUAAUCCUUUAAUCCAUUUUUUCAGAAACGUUUCAGAAUCUGUUAUACAGUCCACAGCCAAAUUCUCUUGGUUUUAGUAGUCAGUUCACCAAAUGCGCAACUACAGAAACUACUUUAAAUCAAAGUCUUGCAAGUUAUAAUUAUUAUUAUGACAGUCAUUUGUUAUUAUAUUUGCACAAAAUCUGGGCUGUGACAAAAGAUUUCGUAACAACAAUGAUUUCUACAGAGUGUGUAACAUUACUUGUAAUCAGAAAACAGCACUUCCUGGAAUUCUAAUUUCAGUAGUAAAUCUAAUUCAUUUGCAAAUCCUAUAUACUUGCAUGCCUUAAGGUACAGACAUGUCGAUCUUCUGUUUAAUGCAUUUUAUGUUAAGGUCAGUGUGCAAGCAUGUUUGCCAGAUGGUUCUGAUUUUUCAUGGAAAGAAAUUAUCUAAAAUAUUCCUCUUCUGGAUCGAGUUUGAAGGGCUUUCUGUUUAAUGCAAGAUUGUAAUAAUGUUAAGAUACUUACCUAAAGUAGAAACUAGUCUAAAAGAUCUAUAUUCUUGUUGAUUACACACAACUUUCUCAAACUAAGUACAGGAUUAAUUAGACAUUUCUUUAUAGAAUUAACACCAAAAUACAGCAUGUACUAUGGAAAUGUUGGAGGGAGAGACUCUCUUGGUUUAGUGAUCUCAAAUUUUUUGGAUCAUGUAGCCAUCAGUAAAAAAAAAAAUAAUAGAGCAUGUACCAGGUAUUCUUAUUCAUUUAUAAAUUAUGUACAACUAUACAAAUAUUACAUACCCUAUAAAACAUACACAAAGAUGGAAAUUAAAAGAUUAAAUAAACACUAUUCUAAAUUUUUCUUCUUUUGUUUAUUAACAGUACCAAAAAUAAAUUUUCUUCCUGCACCUCAGUGGAUUGUCUUGUGCAUUCCCCUUUGUAGGCCAUGGUCCUAGCUAAAGUUCCCCUUGAAACUCUCUCCCCAUGGAGACCUCUGGUCUGUCAAGUUCUUGGAUCAAAACUGAAACUGAAGGGAACAGACAGUGUUGUAGUGUGGUCUGCUACAGACCAGCUAAGUGGGCAAGGCUUUCCACAAACUACAGAAUUUUCAGAUGAAUAAAGUAAAUUACAAAGCAUGCAUAAGAACAGCAGCGUGGGUGAGGAGAUAGAGUUAGCCUUGAAAUACCUAUUUUACCUUAAAAAGCUAUUCUGUAUCUUCUAUUUCUGUCACUGAUGGAAUGGUAGUAUUUAUUAACGUGUAAAAAGACUGUAUAUUGACAAAUGCUCAAACUGAGAUUUUGCCAUUUGAAAUAUGUAUGGAAAUACUCUUACAUCAGCUCUGUAUGGAUGUAUUCUCAUCUGUCCACUGUCUGGGAGAUCUCAGUACUUGGCUAAGAAAGAGAUUCUGGGUGAAAUACGGGUUUUAAUACACAGGGAUACUGUUAGGAUGUCAUGUUUCCAUUCUGCAUCAAAAGUGAUUUAGCCCUGCCUUCAUUUCUACUUUAUAUGUCAUAACUAACUCUCCAUUCAAUAAAAUACUACAGUUCAC